UAAGAAGGCUUUGAACUCUCUCAGUCAGGAUUUCAGCGUCUUAGCGAUAAAUACUCUUCCCUUCGCAGUGUGUCGCAAAAAUCUCCGUUACCAACAGCCGUCUGCUCUUUGCUCGGCUUCCCCUUCCACCGCCGCGCGGUGCCGCUCAGCGUGGGCUUCAACUCGACCAGCAUAAGUGAUACUGAACGCCAUGCGCUGUGUCCCUUCUAUAGAAACCGGUCGUAAUUCCUUGAUCUUUCACCAGUCUCCUUCAGUAUCUUGGCGUCCUCCCAUAUUAUAAAUCGCCUGGCUCUAGGACUAUCUCUUGGUGGAUUUUGCAUCUGAUAUAUCAGCAAUCCCGUCCACACAGGGCAGUCAAUCCCCGCGGGACACAAUGCCCGACUCAGCGGACCCCGAAUGGUCAACAUCGUAUGCAGCUGGCCCUACAAUGUCCUUGCUUCCAACACAGUGCCUUCCCAGUGAGGUGCCUGCAGCUACCCUUCUCGACGACGAUGCGCAGGUCGAUUCGUCCGGUCGCCGAUAUAUCGGUGGCCCCCAGAGCUUCGCCAUCGAAAGGCUGGUGAAGCUAAAGCAAGAACUCCGUCCUUUGGAUUCAGAAUCAUUCUGGUAUCGACUGAUGGAGCAGAUCAGUCUGAUAUGCAAAGCCCAGUAUGUUUUCGUCGCUCGCAGGGCUCGGGACGACGAAUCCAGGCAUGAGAUUGAAGGCCACAAAACUCGGUUGUUUGGUACAGCGUUUUAUUAUAACGAUGGGCACAAUACUGCAGGCAUGCACAGACGCAGAUAUUUUGCCGGAGGCAAUCCCCUGUCACACAUGGAUCGUCAAAGGCCCUGUUUGAUUCCUGAAAAGCUGGGGUCUUUCAUUCCCUUUGAUCGGGACCAGCUUCCCUUUGCCGCUGAAGGAUAUCUGGCUGUGCCGCUCUUUUCCGGGACAGACUGCAUUGCUUUUUUUGGGCUGAUGUGGUCGGAAUCGGGCUUGCAGAAGCGUAAUCUCUCGUGGUCGCUCCUUGAGAUGAUUCUAUAUUCUCUUGAAGACUUGGUUGUGCAUAGGAUCCGCGACGAUCCAGUUAUCGAAAAGCUCGAUCAAGAGGACACCCAUCUUCGUACGACCAAGACAAGCGUUGUCGGCGAUGUGAAUGUUGGGGUCAUCCAUGGCUCUGCAGACUUCUCAUCACAGCCACUCAAACCCUAUGCGAGAAGCCUGUCGCACGAGCUCCGAACCCCGAUGCAGGGCGUAGUGGGGAUGCUGGACGUCAUGCAUGCUACAGUCCGCGAGGCCAUUCAAGACAAACCGUCCCCGAAAGCUGGAUAUGUCUUUCGCACGCUCAAGGAGAGUAUUGAAAUGGUUCAAGAUAGUGCUCGUAGAGCUGUCGAGGCGGCUGAUAAUGUUGUCCAUGCCUACGACAUGAACAUGCAGGUCCCCAAAACCCCUCAAAGUGAACGGGACGACUUCUUCAGUGGUCCAGUGCAGAAUCCGGUUGUUGCAAGUGAAAACCGAUCAACCAUCUUCGUGGAAAGGAGCAACAUCACAGUCAACCCGUAUAAGCGACGACGCAGCAAUCCCCCAGACUGGAACGCUGGCCAGCCUUCGAAGUCGAAAGCGCCGCGGGUCUCCGCGUCCCGGGGCCUCUCGCCUCGCAGCGAAGAGGUGAAAAACGCAGUUCAUGAAAGUGAAAAACUGCUCAAAGCUACUCCUGCUCAUGAGAUUGAAGCAGUAAUGGCUAACGUGGUUGAUCCUCGCCCGUCUUUGGCUGUCCGACGUUCAGCACCGCACUUGCUACUCGAAGGCAUCAAUAUCAACCAGCAAGUUCCAGCUCUGAGAAUGACGAAACUUCGUGAUCUGCUUCGCCUGGUCAUCAACGAAUCUCUACAUGUGGGUGGGCGACCCGAUUUCGCGGUGAGUAAUGCAACGGAGCAAGGAGAGAGGAUUGAGGUCCGCUCACGAUCAUCCAACGGCGAGGUAUUUUCGAAGACUAUCGAUUGGUCUGUCGAUCCUGCCCUUCCAGAGACUUUGUUCGUGGAUGAUCGAGACCUUGCCAAGUUGAUAUCGUGCGUCUUCUUAAAUGCCGUUAAGUUUACCAAUAGCGGUAAGAUCACUGUGGCUGCCACUGUUGGCCGCAAGGCGAACGAUGUUUUGAUAAGCAUCAAGGACACCGGUCCAGGCAUUCCGGACGAUUUCUUACCCAAGCUUUUCAGGCCUUUCGCCCGGGAAGACACAUCCACCACCCGCAGUAAGGAUGGGCUAGGCUUGGGUCUACUUGUAGCCAAAGGCUUGUCGAGGAAGAUGGGUGGUGACCUCCUUUGUGUUCGCUCUUCGACUUCGGGACCAGAUCGUGGCUCGGAGUUUGAGAUCAGAAUUCCCGCCAACCAGCCCGAGCCUUCAGCGGAUCGGCCACUGCUUCCUCCCAAACUACUGACACCUCCUCAGCUUACUGAAGCAAUGCGGCUGAGCAACCCAAGUAGCAUCACGCCAGACUUCUCUUCUCUACUACCCACUCCACGCACUCCUGGCCUACAGAUCCAGCAGCCUUCUCCUUGUCCAACUGAUGAGCCACCGUCGCUAUCUUCAACGCCCUCGCUUCCGCCUCCUAGAAGCACACCGCCACAGCGGCACAUCAACGGUGAUACUCAUGACAGCCGUCUCGGGGAAAAGCACCCGUUGACCUUCCUCGUGGCGGAGGAUAAUAAGAUCAAUCGGAGGGUUCUAGUCCACAUGCUCAAGCGACUUGGCUACAAGGACAUUUAUGAGGCCAGCAACGGGAAGGAGGCUGUCCGCAUCAUGCAAGAUGUUCUCGAGGCCCAGUGUCCCCGCGAACAAAGCUCGAGCCAGUCUCCAAAGUCGAACAAUGGAUCAGACGGCUUCACAGUUCCCAUACCACCCGGUUCGACCAAGAAACGGAAAGCAGUGGACGUGGUUCUGAUGGAUCUUUGGAUGCCGGAGAUGGAUGGUUACGAAGCCACAUCCAAAAUUCUACAGCUAGUUGAUGAGCACCAGACUCAACAAUUUUCCGAUACUCAGUGUCACCAACAAUCCACCGGUCCUAACUGCCGAAUGAGACAUCCUACAGUUCUGGCCGUCAGUGCUGAUGUCACCGACGAGGCCCUUAACCGUGCCACAAAGGUUGGCAUGAAGGGCUACAUGACCAAGCCGUAUAAGCUUUCCGACCUGGAACGGCUAAUACUAGGCUUCUGCAGCGACAAAAUAUUACGGCCGCGCGACGAUUCUAUGAAUGCAUGAAAUGGUCUUUCUUGUUUUGUUUCUUCAAUCUCUUCGAGAUUUCUUGGUUCCCCGCUUGAUACCUCACCGUUGACCUUCCUUUCUACUCUUUUUAUGGCCUAAAGUCUGGCUUGUUUUGUC